AUGUGGCCCAUCACGGUCAUUUCUGUGGUCUGUCUGCUGGUCAGUCCAUGCCUAGCUGGAAUAAAAGACCUCAGCUCUCACUUCGCUGACCCCACCCCAGACCCUAACCCAGACCCCAGAGGCUUAGACCAUGGGGGGGGUACAGAUAUGGAGGCCAUCCCUUUGGACUUCCACACAGAAAACACCGUCACUAAUGACCUGGUGUUUGACGGUUUUGAGGACGAAGACUACAUAGACUUUGACACAAUCCUGGCUGGAGGCGGUGAUGACUACACUGAUGGUGAUACAAUAGAUGAGAUUGCCACACCAGAACCUGAUAUUGACAUCUUUGCUGAGCCCUCAGACCCAAAAAUUCGUCGUGCCAGACUGUUGCGACUGUUCCACGGUCGGUCUCGCCUUCAGCGCCUAAAUAUUGUCAACGCCAAUUUUGGUUUUAACCUCUAUCGAAGUAUCCGUAAUGAUGUCAACCAGACAGACAACAUCCUGCUGGCACCAGCGGGCAUGUCCAUCGCAAUGGGGAUGAUGUCUUUAGGAGCAGGACCUGGAACCCAUGAGCAGAUCUACAAUUCUUUGGGAUUUGCUGAAUUUGUCAACGCUAGCCAUCACUAUGACAACACGACAGUGCAUAAGCUCUUCAGGAAACUGACACAUAGGCUUUUUCGGAGAAAAUUUGGUUAUACUCUGCGCUCUGUUAAUGACGUCUAUUUAAAGAAGGAUGUGACAGUGAAAGAUACUUUCCGUACCGAGACGAAGGCUUAUUAUUUUGCAGAGCCACAGUCAGUGGAUUUCAGGGACCCUGCCUUUUUGAACAAAGCCAACCGUCGCAUCUUGAAGCUGACCAAAGGACUGAUCAGAGAACCACUUAAGAGUGUGGACCCAAAUAUGGUUCUUAUGCUCCUCAACUACCUGUACUUUAAAGGUACAUGGGAGCAGAAAUUCCCCAAAGAAAUGACUUACUACCGCAACUUCCGUAUCAAUGAAAAGACAAAUGUUCGGGUGCCGAUGAUGACCAACAAAGGAAACUACAUGGCUGCUGCUGACCAUGAAUUAGACUGUGACAUCCUACAACUCCCAUACACAGGAAACAUCAGUAUGCUCAUAGCAUUGCCAAGGAAGAUCACUGGCAUGAGAACCUUGGAGCAAGAGAUCUCUUCGACUGUUGUCAACAAGUGGCUGAAGAACAUGACCAACAGGACCCGCGAAGUAGUUGUACCUCGCUUUAAACUGGAGCAAAACUAUGACCUGAUUGAGAAUCUGAAGGAGAUGGGCCUGACUGACUUGUUUCGGGACAGUGGAGACUUCUCUGGAAUGGCUUCUGAAAAGGUCGUCAUAAACUGGCUGAAACAUCAAGGAACCAUCACUGUGAAUGAGGAGGGCACAGAGGCUGCUGCUCUGACCCAAGUGGGCUUCAUGCCCCUUUCCUCUCAGAUCCGCUUCGUUGUGGACCAUCCCUUCCUCUUCUUGAUCUACGAGCACCGCACAGACUGCCUUGUAUUCAUGGGUCGGGUUGCAAACCCUUCAAAGAACUGA